AUGGAGGAGAUGGAAGAGGAGCUGAAAUGCCCGGUGUGCGGGGCUUUUUACCGGGAGCCCAUCAUUUUGCCCUGCUCACAUAACCUGUGCAUGGCUUGCGCUCGCAACAUCCUGGUGCAGACGCCUGAAGCCGAGUCUCCUCCAAGCCGCGCUUCAGGCUCCGACUACGACUACCUGGACCUGGAUAAGAUGAGCCUGUACAGCGAAGCGGACAGCGGCUAUGGCUCCUACGCCGGCUUCGCGAGCGCCCCGACCACCCCGUGUCAGCGGUCCCCGAAUGGGGUGAGGGUCUUCCCGCCGUCGCCGGCGGUGCUCCCCCGCAACUCGUGCAUCACUUGCCCGCAGUGCCACCGCAGCCUGAUCCUGGACGAGCGGGGGCUCCGUGGCUUCCCCAAGAACCGAGUGCUGGAAGGGAUCAUCGACCGCUACCAGCAGGGCCGAGCCGUGGCCCUCAAGUGCCAGCUCUGCGAGAAGGCGCCGAAGGAGGCCACGGUCAUGUGCGAGCAGUGCGACGUCUUUUACUGCGAAUCUUGCCGCUUGAGGUGCCAUCCCCCCCGGGGCCCGCUCGUCAAGCAUCGCCUUCUCCCUCCCGCCCAAGGCAGGAUCUGCCGGAGGCUGAGCCCGCGCAAAAUCUCCACCUGCACCGACCAUGAGCUCGAGAAUUACAGCAUGUACUGUGUCAACUGCAAGACCCCAGUCUGUUACCAAUGUCUGGAGGAAGGUAAACACUCCAGCCAUGAAGUGAAGGCACUCGGAGCCAUGUGGAAACUUCAUAAGAUCAAGUCUCCAGGCCUUAGUAAGAAGGACUUUGCAGGGUUGACUGGGCACUGUGUGCCCUUGUACUUUCAGAUGCUGGAAGCUCCCUCUCCAGUGCCAUCAGCCCCAAUUCUGCAGCUGGAGGAAUGUUGUACUCGCAAUAACAGUGCUACAUUGUCCUGGAAGCAGCCACCACUCUCAUUGGUUCAAGCAGAAGGUUACAUACUGGAACUAGAUGAUGGAAAUGGAGGCCAAUUUAGAGAGGUGUAUGUAGGAAAAGAAACCAUGUGCACUGUUGAUGGGCUACAUUUCAACAGCACUUACAGUUCCCGAGUGAAAGCUUUCAACAAGUCAGGAGUGGGCCCUUACAGCAAGACACUUGUCCUGCAGACUUCAGAGGAUACCACCUGUCCAUACAAUCAGUUUGCCUGGUUUGGUUUUGAUUCGGGUUCAGCUCAUCCUGACAUUCUGUUCUCUAAUGACAACCUCACUAUUACCUGCAACAGCUAUGAUGACAGGGUAGUUCUAGGAAACACUGGAUUUUCCCGAGGUAUCCAUUAUUGGGAGCUGAGUAUUGACCGCUACGACAACCAUCCUGACCCUGCAUUUGGUGUGGCUCGUAUAGAUGUCUUGAAAGAUGUCAUGUUAGGAAAGGAUGAUAAGGCCUGGGCUAUGUAUGUUGAUAAUAAUCGAAGCUGGUUUAUGCAUAACAACUCUCACACCAACAGAACUGAGGGAGGCAUUACCAAAGGGGUCACUGUUGGUGUGCUCUUGGAUUUCAACAGACGGACACUUACCUUUUCCAUUAAUGAUGAGCAACAGGGACCUGUUGCCUUUGAGGAUAUGGAAGGCCUCCUGUUCCCAGCAGUAAGCCUGAAUAGAAAUGUACAGGUGACACUCCACACUGGUUUGGAAAUUCCUCAAGCUCCUGCUGCUGCCGCUGCUUGUGCUACUGCAAGAGACCCAACAGCAUCCUAAUCCAGGUCAUUCUGCGAAACCUGCUGUAAUGUCUUUUGGGAUCCAGGUGACAGGAAUCCCUGCCUGCUGCUAAGAUUCUUAAAAGAUUCAACAUCACUUGAUACAAGCUUGCUAGUUGGUGCUUAAUGACUGGAGGAAUACCAAAAAUAGAUGAAGUUUCUACAGUCAUGAUAUCAGAACAUUUGUGUUCGCUUUGACGCUUUGUGCUAACUAAAAUUGUAAAAGUAUCAAUGCAGCUUGAAAUGUAAUUUAAUGUCAAGCAUAUUUUCUGUUUACUGAUUUACUUUAUCUUAUGCUACUAAAAUUGCCAUGCAUACAGAUUUAGCUGCUGCAGUAAGAAAAGCUGCAGUGCAGUGUAAUUGUAGAAAGUGCUAUAUUUCUAAUCAAUUACAUUGCUAGGUAUUCACAGUUGCUAUUAACCUCCAGGAUUUAUUCUUUCCUGUUGCCUUUGAAUCUAUAUUCAACACCAUUCCAAAUCAGCUGUUUGAAUUACCAAAAGGUAAUCUGCACAUCUUCACUAAACUGAUAGAUUCCUGAUCAGACAUUGAAAGGGAAAGAUUGCAAUAAGUAAUGUACCUGGAAUACCCAAGAAUUAAGAAAUACUUGGUCAGUUACUGUUUAAUCUUGAUUCAAUGACAGCCUAAUUGUAUAAAUAUUGCGCACUAUGCUGGCUUAAAAAAAGCUAAAGAAUAGUGUAUAUGUGUACAAUACAUGUCAUAGAGUCACUAGCACAGAAGGAGGCUGUUCAGCCCAUUAGAUCCAUGCUGACAAAAUCCUAGACUCUGAUUAUAAAUCUAGUGCUUUACAGAUACAAUUGGAGAAGUUUCGAGGCAUUAUCAAGACUAGUGAGAUCAUUGGUUCAGUGUUUGUCUGUAUAUAUGUGGUAUCUAGUAUCGAACCAAAAAUGUGUGUGUGUUUCUUUGGUUGUAUGGUGGAAUAGUUUUGGAAAGAUUUACAUUGAUGUACACACAGUUCAAAUUUUAGCAUAGUUUUGGCACAUUUCUCAUAGAAAUUGGGAGCUUGAACAAUAGACUACUAUUUAGA